GUGUCGGCGCUGGGGCGCGGCUGGGUGCCCACAGGUGGCAGUGCACGACAAGCCUCCCAAGACGCCGGUGUCGGCGCUGGGGGCAGCCCAAAACAGGUACAGCGCACGAGAGGCAGCCUCCCUAGACGCCGUCGACGCGCACAACACCCUGAGCUAUGCCCCCCAAACGCGUCGUCGACACGGCCCGCACGGGCGCCGAGCGCGGGAAGGGCGCGGCGGAGCUCGCGGCCGAACGCGUCGCGCUGCAGGAGGAGAAGGGCGAGGAGUCGAGCGAUGACGAGUUCCUGAUGCCCGGCGAGCGCCGGCUCAAGAACCGAUUGAAGCUGGAGGUGCCGCGGCAGAGCUGGCAGAUGGAGGUGUUGGAGGCGAACCGGCUGGGCGACGUCGAGCGGCUGCGGGUGGCGUUUCGCCGACCUGGUGCCAAUGUUAAUUUGCGGACGGCGGAGGGCGCCUACGGCGGCUUUCGGUACGCGACGUGGGGUACUCAUUCAAGCUAUCUAGGAGGCAACCCCUCCGGCGAGAGUUUAUUGAUGCUGGCCGCAAGACCGGACAACGCCCAGUACCCCAAUCGGAGGGAAGUCUUGACGAUGCUCAUCGAGGAGUUCGACGCCGAACGGAAUUAUCGCAACGGGAAUGAGAAAACGGCGCGAGAUCUCAACCCGCUGCUCAUGGACGAGGUGCACCCCCUGAAGCGGUGGACAGUCGAGGACGCGCACGCCUGGGCCGAGAGCGCGGGGCUCAAGGUGAAGAUCGAACACACCUACGACUGGCUGAAGAUCUUCGACGCGUAUCAGCUCGACGGGCGCGGGCUGGUGGACAUCUGGACCAAACAAAAGUUCGAGGACUACGUCGACGAGCGACUGGCGGACUUGACGCGGGUCGGCGUGAACACGGACGCCAUCGAGGAAGAGACGCCGCGCUGGAUCUACUGCCUCGAGCAGCUCAAGCUCGAUGCCAAAAACGCCCAGAAGACGAAACGGCGACGGGAGGCCGCGGCUCGCGCCGAGGCAGAGCGGCGGCAAGCCAUCCGGGACGAGCAGCGCCGGGCCAAGCUGCGCGGCAAGCUCGACAAGGGCGCCGCGCACGUCCUCAAGCACGCGAAGAGUCUGGGGGCGUUCGGCUCCAUGGGCUCGCUGGCCGCGGCCAAGCGCGAGGCCGCUGAAAAGAAGCGGCGCGAGGAGGAGCGGGCCGCGGCGCUGGCGCGCAUUUCCGGGUUGAGUGAGGCGGACGUGGACGCGCCUGCGCCCGCACCCGCUCCCGCGUCGUUCCUGCCGCCCGUGAAGGACGCGCUGCCCGCCGAAGCGACGCCUCCGAAGCCGCCGCUCGACGCGGAGGCGGCGGCGGCAGCGGGGGAGUAAUGUGUUAUGUG